UGUGUGUUGAUAGUUUAGUAAAAUGGCCGCAGCUGCUGUUGUAGAGACUUCUGUAGGUAAAGAUGCUAUCGCCGAGGGACUGCUGGACCUCCUGAAGCCAGCUGUCCAACAGCUCGACUUGCAUGUACACUCAGUCAGAGAAAGCCAAGUAGAAUUAAGAGAACACAUAGACAAUCUGGCUACAGAGUUAUGCAGGAUAAAUGAACAUCAGAAGGUUGCCCUAGAUCUGGACCCUUAUGUAAAGAAGCUGCUGAAUGCAAGGCGCAGAGUAGUGCUGGUAAACAACAUACUGCAGAAUGCACAGGAACGUCUGAGGCGCCUAAACCACAACGUGGCUAAGGAGACAGCACGAAGAAAGACCAUGCUGGAGGCUUCAGCAGUAUUCGCCUCCCGCUCCCCCAGUAAACCCUGAGUCACCUCCUCCUUCUGCUCUGCACAGUAAAUACUGUAAACUGUCCUGGCCAGGAGAGACACAGCAGUAUGGAAAUCUUUAACACAAGGACAAGUCUUCCUUUCACUUUUAAUUGAUUGUCUAAAGCCCGAAUGUUGUCUUGCACUGCUUUGAUCGAUGUUGUGUCAUAAUAAAAAUCCAUGCUCCUAUCUUCUUAGCAUUUGGUAGCUGCAAAUAGUUUAUUACCUAACCCAAAAUAGGACAGAAUUAAAUUCACAAUGCCAAAUACUGGGGCAUUUAUUUAUUAAUUCAUAUACAUUAUUUCUUCUGAUAAGAUAAUUCCAAUGAGCAAAAUGUUGGAAAAAAGACACACAUGGUAGAUGAUGACACGUGGCCUCACAAUUUUCAUUCCAGUUCAUCCCAAAGGUGUUUGGUGGGGUUGAGGUCAGGGCUCUGCAUGGGCCAGAAAAGUCCUUCCACACCAAAUUAAUUCAACCAUGUCUUCAUGGAGCUUUGCUUUGUGCACUGGGGCACAGACAUGCUGGAAUAGAAAAGGGCCUUCUCCAUACUGUUGCCACGAUGUUGGAAGCAUAGCAUUGUCCAAAAUAUCUUGGUAUGCUGAAGCAUUAAGAUUUUGGAGGUAAAGGGCCUAGCUGAAAAACAGUCCUGUAAGAAGGUGUCUGGAUACUUUUUUCUAUUUAAUCUUUGUCAAAUACACACUAGCUGAGGUGGCUGGUCUCACAAAACACGUACAGUAAUUUACAUUAUGCCUACAUUAUGUCAAAGUGACCCCAUGUUCCCCAGCAGACACUGGACUUAUGGCGGUGCAUUUUUGUAUUUUUCAUAAGAACUAGUUGUUAUGUUUGCCAGUUAACCACUAAUCCUGUGGGAAGAAGUGACAUCUUCAAUCAUAAUUACACAAUUCUGUGAGUUUCACGUGAUUAUAGUGUUGCCCUACCUGUUGGCAAUCUGAGUCUGCAGCAGGUUUAAUCUGAACGUCAGACACAGUGACCUCUUCAGGGGGGUGAUUUCUGCAGGACACAGCAGUUCAGACUAAGCCUCAAGUGCAGAUGAAACCUCAACUUCUGAGAAAGCAAUGGGUUUGUAUGUGAUCACAUGACUAUGACUCAGAUAGUACAGAUUUAAACGUGUUUUGACUUUAAUUCACAACAUGUCUAGUGACAGAACAGCAGCUCUUAACGGUUUAGUUGGCUCUUAAUUUAUUUUAUGCUUUUUUAACUACAGAUAUGUACCCAUUUAUGUUUACUGUGUUUGCUGUGAAACUCUGCUGACGUGUCACAAAGUAUAUUGAUGUUAAAGAGGUCCAAGUGAUGAAAAUGGACCUUAUUGUGUAAACAUAAUAAUCCGUACAUAAUGCUUAUGAUUUCCAUUUUUAUGUCAUAUUCAUUUCUUUUUUAAAUUAAUGUUUCUAAAAUAUA